AAGUAACAAUAUUAAGUACCAACUAUAACAUUGACAUUUAUAUAUUUCAAAAAAAAAAAAACUAUAGUAUAUAAUUUGCAUUAAGAAUGUCUUCAAGUGGUGCUGCUAGUUCUGCAUACAGAGGAGUCCGCAAGAGAAAAUGGGGGAAAUGGGUAUCCGAAAUCCGCGAGCCAGGUACCAAAACAAGAAUUUGGUUAGGAAGUUUCGAGACACCGGAGAUGGCUGCGGCUGCAUACGACGUCGCUGCUUUGCAUUUUCGAGGACGUGAAGCUAGACUCAAUUUCCCCGAACUCGCAACUAGUCUUCCUCGUCCGAUAAGCAACAAUGCCGACCACAUUCGAAUGGCAGCGCACGAAGCUGCUUUGAGGUUAAGAGCCAACAUGAUGGCGCCACCGGAUAACAAUGGAACAGGCUCUGCCAGUUCCACUAGUUCAGUGGCGCCUUUGACCGUGAGACUCUCUCCGAGUCAAAUUCAGGCGAUUAAUGAUUCGCCGAUGGAUUCACCUCCUACAUGGAUGCAAAUGUCACACCCCUUUAUGACUGAUGAUCCAACCAUGUUGUAUGGUAAUCAUGGCUAUGAAUUUGAUGAGAAUUAUGAGUGGGAGGAUAUGCAGCAGAAUGAUUCUCUUUGGGAUCCUUAAUUGAUUAACUGGGUAACGUACGUAAUGUACAAUAACUAUGCUGAUCAUAUCAUAUAUUUAAUAUAUGCAUCAUCAAUUUCGUAUUUUAGUAUUUUAAUGUUAAUUAAUUAAUUGGAUUUAUACAUUUACGUAUUUAAUGUAUAAUGUAAAAAUUCAAUUAAUUAUUAUAUGGUUGUGAUAAAUUGAUAUUAUUAGAGGGGGGUGGUGACACCAAUUCCACUUAACUCUUGUCCUGUUUUUUGAAAAUUACUAGCAAAGGAUGAAGCAAUAUAGUUUGGUUUUAUUAAUUUUCUUUCUUUCAAGAUGAAAGAAACAAGAAAAGGACGGUGGUGAUGAGGUUUGAUAAUUAUUCAUGAUCACUUCAUAUUCAGAAGUGGUAUACAGCAAUAUUGAAUUGUGGAGAUAUAUAUAUGCAAGUUAUUAUUGGCAUAAAAUUCCAUUUGUUAUAGGGAGGUAUAUUACCAUAUGUGUUGUUUAGAUAAGGCAGUAUUUUUUUGGAGGGGUCCAUUAAUUUAACUAUUUUUGGGUAUGUGUAUGGCUAGAUUUAAUUAGUUAAUUUAUUUAAUUAUAGUGGGUGGUGUUACUACUCAUAUUCAUUUGUAUUCCCAAAUGGGGCACCAAGUCUGUUUUUUAUAGGCUGUGGGGAAGGGAAGUGUGUG